AUCUCCUCUUUGCGCCCCAGUCACAGCGACCCCACCAAGUUCUAUCUUGCCACGUCAGCGCGCACGCUCAUCCUGUGUGCUGAGUCAGCAGAAGACCGUUCCCUUUGGCUGCAAGCUAUCGAGGCUGCAAGGCUGUCUUUCCCUGUCCCUGCUGGAUUGGCUGCUGCUGCUGAGCCAAUCUCCCCUGCUCUCUCCUCCCUCGGGAUUGCCUUUCUUUCUCCUAUGCCGCCUCCUGCCCUUGCUGCUGCUGCCACACCCAUUGCAACUGGUGCUACCGAUAGCGAUGACGUCAGCGACGGUCAUGGUGACGUGGACGUAGAUGUUGGUGGAGUGGACACAGAACCGACCCCGUCACGCAUUUCCCUCCAGCCUAUGGUUGAUUUUCUGAGGGCAGAUGACGUCAGCAAUGACGUCAUCAUGCAGUGCGAGGAGGUGGUUCGGCGGCAGGUGGUGGCGCCGGUGCUUUUGGGGGAGAGGCGGGCAAAGGAGCACCUUAUAUCGAGGAUGCAGCAGCUGGAGAUUGAGAAAGCUCUAUUGGAGUCGGAGUUGAUUCGCAUGCAGAGGAGGAGGGGGUGGAGGAGAGGGGCUGGCAGGGGAGGUGAGGGAGGAGAAUGGGGGAAGGUGGAGGGAGGAGAAGAAGAAGGAAAGGCGGAGGAAGGAGCGGAGGAAUGGGAGGAGGAAGGUGAAAACGAGGAGGAGGAGGAGGAGGAGGAGGAGGAGGAGGAGGAGGAGGAGGAGGAGGAGGAGGAGGAGGAGGAGGAGGAGGAGGAGGAGGAGGAUGAGGAUGAAGAGGAGUGUUUCUUUGAGGCAGCAGAGAAGCUAGCAGGGGAAGCAGAGGGGCGAGAUGACUUGGUGGUUGAGGCGGAGGGCUCACAGCAAGGGGGAAGUGAAGGGGAAGCGGAGCAGGGGGAGGAGUACAAGUGGGGAGUGGAUGGAGGCGGGGGAGAGGGAAUGGCAGAGGGGGAAAGGGGGAGAGGACCAGAGAAGCACGAGACCAUGGUGGAAAGGGGGAGGGCUGGGAAGGCCGAACUGCCACUGGAUGAGGUCGGCUUCUCUUACCCUUUUGUCCCACGCCGCACGCGUCUCCCGCUACCAGACAAGCAAAACCGCCCGGGCAGCCUGGCCGGCGGGCUGUGGGCGGCGCUGCGCGAGUGCGUGGGGCGGGAUUUGUCCCGAGUGUGCCUGCCAGUGCAGCUGAACGAGCCAAUAGGGUUGCUGCACAAGUGCGCGGAGGAGAUGGAGUACAGCUGGCUGCUUGACCGGGCGGCAGAGUAUGGGCGGCGGGGCGAUCAGCUAAUGAGAGCCCUCCACGUGGCAGCCUUUGCAAUGUCAGGCUAUGCCAACACCAGUGCCCGCAUGCACAAGCCCUUCAAUCCGCUGCUGGGGGAGACGUAUGAAGCUAACUACCCUGACAAGGGCUUUAAGCUGCUAGCGGAGAAGGUUCUGAACCACCCACCAACAGUGGCAGCACAUUGCUGGGGCAACGGGUGGCAGCUGUUUGGAGACUCGACGCUCAAGGUGCGCUUCUGGGGGUCGUCCAUGCACCUGGUGCCAUGUGGAGUGAUCUCCGUGGUAUUUGAUGAUGAUGUAGAGGGGGGGAAGGAGAAGAAAGCGAGGGGGGGAGAUGGCGGGGAGGAGGAGGAGGGAGCUCGGGACACGGUGGAGGAGAGGGAUGAAGAGGAGGAGAGUAAGAAAAGCAAUAGUGGCAACAAGGAGAGUUUUCCGAAAUCGUUGGGAGUUGGAGGGGGUGGGGAGCAGUACGAGUGGAGCAAGGUGACAACGGGCAUCUACAACAUACUAGUGGGGAAGCUUCAAGUGGAGCACUUCGGCACCAUGCACAUCCGAGGCAGUCGGGGGCUGUCGGUGUCUUUGCAUUUUAAAGAGCCGUCGCUCUUCGACUGCAGCAAGCACCAGGUGAGUUGGGUCCGUCGGGGGCUGUCGGUGUCUUUGCACUUCAAGAAGCCCUCUCUCUUCGACCGCAGCAAGUACCAGGUGCACGGGCACGUGCAGAACGAGCAGGGGGUAAAACUAGCAAUGCUGCACGGCCGGUGGGACCAGCACUUGAUCUUCACCCUCACUCACCACGGCAGGGAGCACUGCAGGCAGCAAUUCAACCAGAGAGGCAGGCAGCAUGACAGGAGGCAAAUUGAAAAGAGCGUGAAGCAACAAGAUGCAAUUGGGGCUGGGGAGGGGGGUCAUGGGGUGCGUAAGUCAGCUGCUCUGGGGAGGGCGUACCUGGGGGAAGGGUCUUCUGGGCCUGAUGUGUCUUCUGAGGCGCGGCAAAAGUCAGCUGCUGUGGGGCGGCUGUACCUGGGGGAGGUGUCUUCUGGUCCUGAUGUGGGUGGCAGUGGAUUGGAUGAGACGAAUCACGGAGAUGGCUGUGAGAGGGAUGCUCUGACCCCAGUAGCAGCACCACCUGAAAACCCACCUGUGCUCCCACCUGUGCUCCGACCUGAGCACCCACCUGAGCAUCAACCUGAGAAUCCACGUCAGCGUCCACAUGGGCCUCCACCUGAGAAACCACCUGAGCACACACCUAGGCACUUUGCUGAUCGUCCAGCAACCCGAUCAGCACCUCAUUCGCUGUGGCACAAGGCUGCCUCAGCCACGGCUCAUCACCAACAGCAGCAGCAGCAGCAGCAGCAGCAGCAGCAGCAGCAGCAGCAGCAGCAGCAGCAGCAGGAGGAGGAGCAGCAAAAAAACCAUGGCAACAACAAGUACAACUUUUCACCCUUUUGUGUCACACUCAACGAGAUCACGCCAGAUAUUGCGGUGAGCUGUCCAACGUGUUUCACAGGGACUGGGUUGGUUCGUUCGUAUCAGUAA